CGCGUGCACGCGCACAUACCGGGCGGCCGAGCUGCAGCCCAGCACCACGUCGUCCGUACGGCUCAACUACUGCCGUCUCCGACGAGGCCGCGCGCGACGCGCUCCUCUUCUACCUGGCCGCCGACAGACAGAAAGAUUUCAUGGCUAUCGAAAUGGUGAACCGGACGAUCCGUUUUCUUUGGAACAACGGGGGCCAGACGCAGAUGGUAGACCAUCCCCAGAGGCUGGACACCAACGAUGAGCAGCUGCUCUCCGACAGCAGCUGGUACAUCAUCAACGCCGAGAGAAUUGGCAACCUGGGCCGCCUGUCGGUGAGGCCUGUGUACCGGUCCGAUGUGGGCCGGAAGGUGCCUGACACGGUGACGGCGGUCUCGACGGCCGGCUUCUCGGUCAUGGACCUGACCUCCGAUGACCCGGUCUACAUCGGCGGCCUCCCCGACGGCGCCUCGAGGAGCGUCACCACCAAAAGGUUCGCUGGCUGUCUGGACCGGGCAGUCUUGAACGGCCAGCCGAUCGGCCUCUGGAACUUCCGCUCCAGCGAUGGCUGUGGCGCCUGCAGGGUUGGACCCAGUGACGACAAGCUGGUGACGUCGCCGGGAUACAGCUUCGACGGCGCUGGCUACGCCGAGCUGCCGCCGCUGCGGCCCGGCCAGGUGGCCGUGCGCGGCAUGUACUCGGUCGUCAUGAACGUGCGCACGUUCGACUCGGACGCGCUGCUCUUCCUCGCCGUCAACGCGGAGAAGGAUCAAUUCUUUAGUCUUGAGAUGCGAAACGGCAACCUGGUGUCGCGAGUGGGCUUCAGCAAAGAAGACGUCCUCGUAGUGUCAACUAAUGGCAAAUACAACACGGGCAACUGGACCAUGGUUGAGGCAACAAAGGUUGGAAAUCGAGUGAUCCUCAAGGCCAACCACGACGAGGACAAGGAGAGCGCGUUCCACCCGGAGAGCAGCAGCGACGCGCCGCCGCGCUCCUUCAACCUGGCGCUGGACACGGCCAAGCUGUACUUCGGCGGCGUGCCGCCAGACUUCCGUCAGAGUCGCUGGCCGCAGCACACGUUCGUGCCGCUGCUGGGCUGCAUGGACGACCUGCAGGUCGGCUUCACACCGCAGAACCUCCGGGUCGGCAACUCCACCGGGGUCACGCCCGGCUGCGGAGGUCAGCUCCUGAAGACUGUGGGGUUCCACGGCGAUGGCUACCUGGAGACGAACUCUUACCGGCUGAGGAAGAUGUCCAGCUUUGCUUUCUCGUUCAAAACCACCGCGUCAGACGGCCUGCUUCUCAUGUCCACGUUCGCUGACAAGGCGAUGGCUGACUCGGCCAUGCUCCGGGAGUACUACGCGCUCAGUCUGAACGCCAGCCGGCUCACGCUGCGCAUCAACGGUGGCAGCGGCGAGCUCGUCCUCACCGCCGCCGACCUCUUCAGCGACGGCCGCUUCCACACGGUGCACGUGCUGAAGGAGAGGCGCAGGGUGGAGCUGCGCGUGGCGGACGCUGUGGCGGCGUCCGGCCAGCUGCCCCGCGGCUCCUCCGGCGUGCAGGCGCCGAACGCGGGCGGCCUGUACUUCGGCGGCCUGCCGCCAGGGCUCCGGGUGCCCUUCGAGGGCGUCCCGCCACCGUUCUCGGGCUGCAUCACGGACGUGAUAUUCGAGGAAGACCUGGUGUUGUUUGACCCGCCGCUGCGACACCAACACGUGGCCAUUGGUCGCUGCAACGGGGACCUGCAGAAGGGUCGCAUGCUUCACGAGAUGGCCACGGAGCCUGACCCGACCAGCUGUAACCAGCCGUCCCAGCUCACCCUGGAGGCCAGAGCGGUCAAGUUUGGUGACAACCCCUUCAGCCACGUGUACGUUCCAAUCAAGAAGCGCGACCUACGAUCCGACUUCAAUAUAACACUCGAUUUUAGGACAUUUUACCCCAAUGGACUUUUACUUUAUAAUGAGGGGCGCGGCUCGGCCCGGCGGCCGAACGCGUCCGUCUCGACACUGACGCUGAGCCUGCGAGACGGCGCUGUCGUGCUGAACGUGCAGAAGGGCAGGAGAGGCAUGGAGUUCAGCACCAAGGGACAGCUCAACGACGGAGACUGGAAAAUGGUGACGCUGGAGAAGCGCCGGCGCCGGUACACGCUGCGGGUGAGCGGCGUGCCGGUGGCCAAGAAACGCGGCCCGCAAACGCUGCGGCCCGGCAGCGCCCUCUACAUCGGCGGCCUGCCGCAAGAGGGCGUCGACACGCUCAGCGUCCGCCGCCUGCCCGGCCAAAAGAAGCUCGAACUGCUGCAAACGGAGGGCUUCAAAGGCUGCAUGAAGCAGCUGGAGGUGCGCGGCCGGGUCAUUGACCUGCCAUCGCGGAGGAACAUCAUUCACAGGGUGGGCCAGUGCAUGGCCCGGGUGGAACUGGGCACCUUCUUCGCCGGGGACGCCUUCGCUACGUAUGAUGACAGUUUCCAGCUGGGGAGUAUUGUGGAGUUGGCGGUGGACUUUCGGACGACGGAGCUGAGUGGAGUGCUCAUAAGCGUGGCAGGACCGCCCGGCGGGCCGGCGCUCUCCCUCGAGAUCACCGACGGCCAGGUGGUCUUCUCAGUUCACAACGGCGGCUCCGAGCCAAUACGAGCUCGGCAAAAGUUCCCCACCAAGUUCACCGUGUGCGAUAACCGCUGGCACAGCGUCAAAGCCAACUAUGUCAGGUACCAGGCGACUUUAAAGGUGGACAGGUAUCCGGAGAGGUACGGCUUCUCGGCCAACGGACCCAGCCAGACGCCGAGCGGAGGCUUCCCACUAUACAUCGGCGGCCUGCCCGAGCGGGCCAGCAACUCGAUCCUGCUGCAGCCGGACAACUUCAAAGGCUGCAUCCGCAACAUCGAGAUAAACGGCGUACGCCGGGACUGGACCGACAUGGCGCAGCUGACCAACGUGCUGCUCAACUCGUGCCCCGUCGAAGUGUGA